AUGGCUUCUCCAACCACCACCACCACCACCACCACCGCAACCACCGCUUUCAUGGAACGCCUGACCUACCGCUGCCAUUGUUGCAACUGCGACGUAUCCCCUUCACCAUCCUCCUCCUCCUCCUCCGCCACAACCACCUCCACAACCUCUCUCCUCUGCCCUAACUGCAACUGUGACUGCCUCGAACAAGUCAUUUCCAACAAUAACCCUAACCCUAAUUACCCAAAUCAACAUUCUUCUCAAUUAUCAUUUCCAUCCUUUGAUCCAUCUAUACCGACAACAACCGCCGAUUCUUCCAGGACUUUCCCCUUCCCCUCCGUCACGGCUUCCGACGACAACUUCCUCCUCGACAGCCCUUACCUCCACCGCUUAAUCAACCAUCUUACUAAUUCCAGUGACUCAUCACCUUCCACAACGACCGUCACAACAUCUCUCCAUCACUCCCCUACAUCGAAGUCCGCCAUCGAAGCGAUCCCUUUGGUUAAGAUCACUUCCGCGUUCCUUGACAUCGAUCCGAUCGUCCUCUGUGCUGUUUGUAAAGAUCAGUUUGUAAUUGAUGACGAGACCAAGCAGUUGCCUUGUAAGCAUAUGUACCAUCCAGAUUGUAUACUUCCAUGGCUUUCGCAUCAUAACUCGUGUCCUGUAUGUCGGUUCCAGUUGCCAAGAGAACCGGUCAUCGGGGAUGUGAAAGCACGAAGGAGGUCCAGGUCUAGGGUUUUGAGAUUGGGGGAUUUGAUGGAAGAUGUUGAUGAUGAAGCAAUGUUGGGAAUUGGAUUCAGCAAUCUUCAGCACCAAUACAUGCAUUCAGAGUUCGACCCUGACGUUAUGUUCCCCUUGACUCACAUCGGGCAAACUGUUGAAGUCGAUGUGCUACCUGAUUCCGGACAGGAUAAUGGCUUAGAGACACAGACACCCAGUUGGCCAAAUUGGCGUGUGAAUGGGGUAGCUGUUGAUGGUGGAGACACCGGUGUAAAUGGUGGUUGGAUAGAUGAUUCUGAUUCUGCAAAUUCAAUGCCUUGA